CCCUACCACCGGCUGCCGCGGUGCUGGCACGAGACAGGAUUUCUACGGGGGCCGAGCACGGACGCGGCUGUGCCGCCUGGUUCUUGCAGUCGACUUUAAGACCGCGAUGCGACGGUCGAGCUAACGGUCAAGAGAAGCCGGAGCAGCCGCCUUCCACGUCCGCGCCCGCGCGACUCUCGCGAGGUUCGUCGACUCAAAGUGAUCAGAAUCGGACUUCCGUUUUCUUUCCUUCCACCUUCCUCGCGUUCCUCGCGUAGGACAUGAUCGACUCGUGAAACGCGCUCUCGACCGCAUUCCGUGCAUUCCGGUUACGCCUACGACCCUACGAAGGGUCGAAGGGAACGCUCGCUCGCGCGAGCAGUCAGGUGAAUUCUCAGCGAGGUGCGACCGGACUUCCUCCUCGGCACCAUGGCCCAGACUGCUCGUUCGUAGAGAAGAAUACGAGCAACUAUGGAUGCAAUUCCAAAGGAGCUAUUGCUGCUGCUAGCGGGCGCGUUUGUCGUUGCGGCGACGACAUCCGCCUGUCCAUGGUCGCAGCAUGCGGUGGAUCUCGAGAAUUCGUGCAUCUGCGACUACAAUCUAGCUGGCGAGCUCUCGGUGCAGUGCGACAUCGUCGAUUAUGAACAGCUAUUAUCGGCGAUGCGGCGUUACGCCACCAAAACGCCGAUUGAUCUCUUCUACAUUAAUAAUAGUACGAUCGGCGCCCUAAGAAACGGUACGUUUGCCACCAUGAGGAUUAACAAUAUACAGCUGUCUGGGUGCCGCAUCAGGAGCAUCGAGCUAGAAGCCUUCAAAGGCCAAGAAAAUAAUCUGAAGAGCUUAAAUCUCAAAGAUAAUGAGCUCACGGAAAUCCCCGGCGCCAAUUUGAAGACCUUGAAGAACCUCACUGUGCUCGAUCUUUCAAUGAACAAGAUCACUAAGGUCAACGACAACGCCUUCGCCGGCACCAAACUGAUAACGCUGAAACUCUCCGACAACGAGGUCACUCUCGCUCCGGGAUCGUUUCGCGGCCUGGAGAGAACUCUGAAGAAUCUCAAUCUCAAAGGAACGCGGCAGAAGAAAGUGCCGGAAGCGCUCAGAGGACUGAGGACUCUGGCUUUCCUCGAUCUUUCGCAGAACAGCAUACGCGAGCUUCCCGGCACGUCUGGAAUCAAAGCAUUCGAGGGUCUCGACUCCCUCACAGGAUUGAAUCUCGAGAGAAACCUGAUCCAGAAUAUCGGCCCGGACGCGUUCCACGGCAUCAAGAACACUCUCAGCUCCCUCAGUCUGCUGAACAAUCUCAUCCCGGAUUUCCCUACGGCGGCUAUCAACAGCGUUCAAGAUCUUAGAGUGUUGGAUAUCGGAUUCAAUCUGAUCACGGAACUACCGGUCAACGCCUUUCAAGGAAAUCCAUCGAUCACAUUGCUAGCAAUCGACGGUAACCCGUUGUCCACGGUACCGGAAGAGGCGCUCGCCCAACUGAACGGUACUCUGCGCGGACUGAGUCUGGGCGGACGAUUUCUCGUCUGCGACUGCCGUUUACGCUGGAUCGUCGAGUGGAUCAAGACGCGAGACCUGCAGGUCACUAGUCGUGAGCGCAAACCGCAGUUUUGCGGCAGUCCACAACGAUUGCAGGACAAGAGCUUCUAUAACAUCGACCCCGACGACAUGAAUUGCGAGCGUCCAUCGGAGUUGAUCGGAAUCGGAACGGUGGAGAGCGUGGACACCAGAGAACCAACGGAAACGGUAGUUGGAGAUAUUGGUACCUAUCCUCCGUCCGCACGACCUACGACUUCCACAACCGAGCUAAUCACCAGCACGGCAUUGUCCACGACUACAGUGACAGUGUCGUCGACAACCGAGCAGAGACGGACGACACCGUCGGCACCAUCCUCGACCUACAUCCCGACAACCCGACCGACUGUCGCGCGAACCGGAAACGUCGUGGUCGUGAGGACCACUCCGUCACCACCGAAGCAAUCGCAGGAGCACAUACAACAGCAUCAGCCAAGGCCGCCGUUAGUCCUCGGAUCGCCAUUGUAUAAAUCGAAAUUGAAUGAAAAGGAUAUUAUCGUGAAGGAUGUGCUCAGACAAGACAACGCGGUCAUCAUAUACUGGGACACGGAAGCAACUAACAUUCUGGGUUUCAGAGUAAUCUAUCGACUGUUCGGGGAUAAUAGUUUCAAGCAAGCACCGCCACUCGAGGCUAGCGAACGAGAAUUCAAGAUCAAAAAUGUGCCCUCCCAGGAGUGCAUCGUGGUUUGCGUCAUCUCGCUGGAGGAGACCAACAUCACACCGGCUAAUGUGCCGUACAACCAGUGCCGCGAGGUCAGAACGGAGAACUCGCCCACCUCGAACAUGGAUAAGAUCACGAUCGCCGCGAGCGCGGCGAUCUGCGCCACAAUCGUCGUCGCAGUGAUCAUCUUCGUGGUCGCGAAUCGACGCCGCGCCCGUAAGCUACAUACUUUGCAUAGCAUUGAUCAAACGAAAAUGGGCGGCCCGAUCGCCGGUCUACCAGUCAACUGUUGUUCGAACAUGGGGCCAACACCUAGUCCUGGCGGGCCUCUAUCAUCGAUGGCCACUCUAAGCGCCUACAAUGCCCAGAAGGAGUGGGACCAGGUAUCGGCCUACAGCAACAGGAGCAUACCACGGCCGAGAAUUUUCCCUAUCGAUCGACAAGGAUCGAUCACCAGAGCAUCCUGCCUUGAUGACGUGCGUUCUCAAGCCGGGCACUAUAGUAGCAAAGUGUCCGCCCGAUCGAUUGCCGAUGGUCAAUCUCAGCAUAGCUUCUCUAACAAUUCUACGCGAUACUUUUCCAACACUGCGCUAGCUUCCAAUCUCGUCAGCACGAGACCAGAAUUACGACAAUCGCGCCAGUCGCUGGCGGCCGCCUCAGAUCGGAUGUCGCGGUCAAAUUUCAGCAGCAACCAUCUGCCUCCACACUCGUCGGCCCGGCGACAGCGACCACGAUCGCGUAAUCGCAAUCUGGAGCCAAAUCCGCCGCGACCUGGCAGCCGGUACAGCCUAGCCGACUCCACGCAUACUCUCAACAAUUAUGAUGAAAACAACUGGACCGAUCACGACAUGGAUAUUUACAUGGCUCGCAAUCCUACCACGAGAAGUGGCCUGGUGCCGCUCUAAAUAUUCGUGGUCCUCAUAUCUCGUCGUUCAUUUUUGCUCAAGCGUGUUUAGUAGAGUCCAGUCUCAACUGUUCUCGCUCAUGUGGCGCGCUUUUAAAUUUAGAUAAUCUUGACAGACGCUUUGAUCAAGGAGGGCCAAGUCCUGAACGCGUCAAUCGUCUCGUUUUGGAAAAUGUUCGUCGUGAUGGUAGUAACAUACCUUCUCGCUGAACUUACGAUAUCAAAUUGAAGGUCCUGAUGUGACUAAUUCUAUUAACAGAAUUCUGAUGUGUUUAGUGUGACAGGAAAACAUUUCUUCGGCAUUUAACACAUUCGAAACUUACUCGGUUUCGAUCAUGAUCGACGUUAAUACGAUGCGGCAAGCGUUACCAUGUAAUGCUUGCGUAGAUGCGUGCAAUCAGUUAGAAUUGUGAGUCAAGUUGAAAAGCGGCUUUAGACGUAUAUCCCUGUGUAGAUCUAAGCGACCUUAUGUAAGAAUACUCUUAAUUACCAAAUCAUUGAAGUGGGCGAGCCGAGAGUAUUCUUUCGGACGGUUCGAGUGCACGCACUUCCGAAAGUUCUUAUUUUUAUCGAUAUUUCGCACGAUGGACACCGAAAUUAUAUUAUCCAAAGACUGCAAUCGAAGUGUCUAUCUCUAGAGAAAUGCUAUCGCGACCAAGUGAACUGACAUACUGUGAGAAUGUCGCUCCUAAUCAUUUCGAAUUAAAAACUCUACAAUCAGAACCAUAAGGCGAGUACGGACAAAAUUCUGUGAGAGAGAGAAAUAUACUGUCAUUAGUUUUUCUUCAUAUCUUUUCCUUAUCUUUUUCUACCAACACUCGCUCUCUCUCUCUCUCUCUCUCUCUCUCUCUCUCUCUCUCUAUAUAUAUAUAUAUAUAUAUAUAUAUAUAUAUAUAUGAAAUAAACACAUCAAUCAAAACUAGCUUACGUUUUAUGGUUUUGAUUGUAGGUGUAACAAAAGACUUUAAAAGUCCUGAAUGAAUUGAUUCUACCUUACUUUAUAACACAUGCGUUCGCAAACGCGCACAUCAUUGACGAGGACGAUAUCAUUGUCCGGCGUAUCGAUGAUAAAUAAAAAAAUUACUUUACUACUUA